GUGCCGGGGGCGGGGGCGCGAUGCUGAGGGCCCAGCGCGAGCUGCGGGGACAGCGCUGAGAUCCCCUGGAGUCCCGCAGCUGUAAUGGAGAGAGAAAGAUGAUUGGGUCUUCUCCAGGGGACUGUUGACAAGCUUGGGAAUCUAACAGGGUGACUAUGGAGGUGAGUGGCCUUCCACUGGAGCUGUGGCGCCUGAUCUUAGCCUACAUGCGACUUCCUGACCUUGGCCGCUGUAGCCUAGUGUGCAAAGCCUGGAAUGAACUCAUUCUCAGCCUGGACAGCACCAGGUGGCGCCAGCUGUGCCUGAGGUGCAUCGAGUGCCGGCACCCCAACUGGCCCAACCAACCUGAUGUGGAGCCUCGGUCUUGGAGAGAAGCCUUCAAACAACACUACUUGGCUGCUAAGACGUGGACCAAAAAUGCCCAGGAAUUGGAGUCUUCUAACUGUUUUUACCUCUUCCGAAGGAGAAAGGACCGGCGGAUUCUCUAUGUUGGGCCCGGUUGUGAGUUUGACAACCUUGGCAGUGCCUUGACCUCAGCCAACAUUUAUGAUAAGAUUGUGCUGUUCCCAGGCAUCUAUGAGGAGCAGGGCGAAAUUAUCCUGAAUGUGCCUGUGGAGAUCAUGGGCCACGGGAAGCUUGGAGAUGUGGCGCUGCUGGUUUGUGUGGAUCAGCACUGUGCCACAACACGGCUGUGCAACCUUGUCUUCAUGCCAGUGUGGUUCAGUCCUGUCAUGUACAAGGUAUCUUCGGGUCAUGUCCAAUUUGAUAACUGCAACUUCGAGAAUGGGCAGUUGCAGAUUCAUGCUCCCGGAACCUGCCAAGUUAAAUUUUGCACCUUUAAUCAAGCCAGCAUCAGCCUUCACAGCGUAGCCCUUUGUGUCCUUGAAAAUUGUGAGUUUGUUGGGAGUGAAAUUGCCUCUGUGACUGUGGAAGGGCAUCCAUCAUCAGACAGGAACUGGGCCUAUAAGCAUCUGAUGGGCCUGGUCAAGUCCUCUUCUGCUUUAUCAACUACCCGAGACUCAGCACCUUUUAACCCAUCAAGCCAAGAAACCUCAGGGCAUCUGCCCCCAGGGAACUUAAGGACCUGUGAGAUAGUCAUAGGUGAAGACCAGAGCAACUUCUUUGCAACCUUGAAAUCCCCACAAGCAUGCGAGAAAGACUUUCAGAAGGAGAAUGAAAUUAGCAAGGACCUCUGCCCUGCCAGGGACAGGAAGGGGAUUGUCCACGAUCCGGACUCCUAUGAUGGCAGCCAGAGCUCUGGCAGCGAAAAUGAACCUGAAGACCAGUUUGUGUACAGACACUACCACCAGCCGCCCGGGCUGAACCACACACUGGUCAGGUCUCUGCUUGGCCGGCCGCAGACCGCUCGAUUGUCCGACCUCCAGAGAGGCCUGGAAUUGAAAACCCUGCACCAGGAGCUUCAGAGAGACGGCGAGGCUCAGUCCCUCGCCAGUUCCUUGCAGGGCUGCCUCAUUAGGAAGUGCCUUUUCAGAGACGGGAAGGGGGGCGUCUUUGUCUGCUCUCGAGGCCGUGCCAAGAUGGAAGGGAAUGUCUUCAGGGACCUGGUGUAUGCUGUCCGGUGCGUGCAGAAUAGCAAGAUCAUCAUGCUAAAGAAUGACAUUUACCAUUGCAAAGCAUCAGGAAUAUUUUUGCGCCUGGAAGCAGGAGGCUUGAUUGCUGAUAAUAACAUUUAUUCCAACUCCGAGGCUGGUGUGGAUAUCCGAAAGGGAGCCAACCCAUUCAUACUGUGUAAUAAGAUACACAGUGGCCUUCGUUCAGGCAUCGUUGUCCUUGGCAAUGGAAAAGGCAUCAUCCGUAGCAAUCAAAUAUAUGGAAAUAAAGAAGCUGGCAUUUACAUUUUGUAUAAUGGAAAUCCUAUUGUGAGUGGAAACCACAUUUUCCAAGGUCUUGCUGCUGGCAUAGCAGUAAACGAGAAUGGAAGAGGACAAAUAACAGAAAAUGUUAUACGUGAAAAUCAUUGGGGUGGCGCAGAUAUUCGCCGAGGAGGUGACCCUGUUCUCAGAAGCAAUCUCAUCUGCUUUGGUUAUUCGGAUGGCGUGGUUGUAGGAGAACAGGGAAAAGGACUAAUCGAAGGAAAUACCAUAUAUGGUAAUAAAGGUUGUGGCAUGUGGAUCAUGUCCUCAAGCCUCCCUCACAUCACAAGCAACCAGAUUGCCCAUAACAGCAUCUAUGGGGUAGCUGUGUUUUGUCAGAAGGAUGAUGCUAAUGAUUACCUCAUUAACCAAGGAAGCAAUGAAAAUUUCAAUGAUGAAGGUGAAGCUUCCAACUGGGAAAACGAACUGGACGGUGAAGAUGACCACUUCUCCACCCGGCGGCCAAUCAGCGUGGCUCUCAUUGAAUCUAACAGUAUUAACCACAAUGGAGCUGCUGGGCUGUAUGUCAAGAGCAAUGAAGCUCUGAACGUUAUUGCCAACAUUAUCCACGCCAACCAGGAGAGCGGGCUAGCUGUGUUGCAGAGCACUCAGCUUACCCGGAUCGCCAACAACAGCAUCUCCUGCAACCAUCUUGGCGGGGUCCUCAUCGAGUCGGAGUGCAGGGUCGAACUUCGUGGAAAUGGCAUCUAUGACAACAGAGGUCCUGGCGUCUCCUCCAAGGGAGACGGGACCAUCCUAGAAAAUGACAUCAUUGGCAACCGAGGCUGUGGCCUACAGUUACUGCAGGCGGCAAACAUGAAGAUCACCAAAAACAGGAUCCACUCCUUCUGUGAUUAUGGAAUUGUAAUGCUUGACCACGUCAAAGGUUUGGUGCAGGAAAAUAUGAUCUUUCAAGGGAAGACCAAAAAGACCAUUUUGCAGCAGGUUUCCAAUCUUGAAGACUGUUUAGUUCAAAACAACAAGCUUUUGGCUUUCAAGAACAGGUCCGAAGUCCCUUGGAAACUGGAGAAUCCCCCUGCGCGGCCUCACAUCGAAGAAACCACAAGAAGCAUCUCUACAGCCCACAACAGUCAAAAGGUGGCCAACAUGACCACCAGGAUAGCCACCAGAGUGGAAGGCAGAUGUCCCAACAGCCGCAGCCUCUUCUGUACUAUUCUGUGACACUGCCUCGGCAGCUCCCAUUGUCCAUUCUUUGAGCUCAGGGCUAGGCUAAGAGACCAGUUGGUCACUUUGGCAUCAGUGACUGCCCACUCUCCGCAGGAAUAGAGCUUCGCCCAGAAACAGAGUGGGGAUUUCUGAUGGGCUGCGCAAGUGAAAUUCAUUGGGGUUUGGGGGGGGUGCUUAUUUGAACUCCCACCUAGCCCUGCAGGAGAAAUUAGUGCCCAGCAAGUCCAAGACCCCCAAGCUUUCUGGGAAAUGGGAAAAGUACCUGAGGGAAUUCCAAGGAGGACAAAACCAAACAGUAAUUAUGGCUUAAUGAAAAGGGGAAAAAGGUAUUUAUUUGAAGGGGCCAUAAUAGGAAGCACCAUUUCAAGUCAAAAGACUUGGGUUUGAAUUCUGACUGUGAGUUAUUAGCUGUGUGACUGUGGUCCAGUCACUUAACCACUGUUAAAUGGGCCUCAUUUCCUUCUCUGUAGAAUGAGAAGGCUUGGACCAGUUGAUCUUUGAUGACCCUUCUAACCCUAAAAUCAUGAGAUCCUGCGAUUUUGAAGAGAACUGUUUGCUGGGAAGACGUUUCCAUCAGCCUUUCAAUAGUGGCUCCCUCAGUGCUCCCUGGCAUCUGAGGGGUCAUGCCACCUUCGGGGUGCAGACCAAAGCCUGGUUCCUGACAAGACUCAGUUUCUCCUCCCCAGAGCCUGGUCUGCCUAACACCAGCGAAUCGUCAGGAAGCUCAUCGUUCCCGACAUAUGUGUCAUGACUGCCUGCUGGGUGCAGGACGUUAUGCCCAGCACUGGGGACGAAGAGAGGUCCAUGUCACAGCCCCAGCUUUUGAGGCUUAGCGGGGCACUUUAAUGACCACCAGAGCGGGAGACCCUGACAUCCACUUGUAAUUAUUGACAUCAAACCAAGUCUCGUUCUCUGCCUUUCACUGAAGUCCUAACCUAGUACCUCACCAUGGCAGGAGCUCCUGGGGCUGUCCUUCUGGAGUGCAAGCUCUAAUGGGGCCUGCCGAGCUAUAAAGGCUUUGAUUCCGUUCCCAGAGACAGACCAUGUCUGCUGUCCAAGGACAAGCCUUAGCUAAGUGUAUACAGGCUUUAUGACUGGAAGAUUGACCACUAGCCAGUUAAUUUUCUGGCCAUGGUGACUUUUCUUACACACAUGUGCACACGUACAUGCAGAUGUGCACAUGCGAGUGCACACACACACACACACACACACACACACAGCCAGCACCCAUUCAUACAAACUCAAUACAAAUGCAGCUUAGACAAUCAGAUCCAAGGAGAAUCAGAAGUCUCACUGUGCUUUGCUCCUUUGAUCCCAGAGGGCUAUGUUAAAACGUGUUAUGUCUGGGGGUCCUGGAGUCAGGUAAACCCGCAGGCCCAGCCUCUGAGGCGUGGCCACAUACGGGCCACCACUGGACAGAGGAGCUGUUCUUUCACGAAGAUCGCGGGGCUCUGAUAUGGGGCAUGCUAUAUGUACUUUUCCAUCAAGGAAGGAUGCACAUUCUGGGGGGACUGCAUUGUUUGACUGUGGCUCCAGUACUGUGGGCUCCUCUCUUAGGGGUGGGUGAGGCAGAAAGGGUGGUGUCCUGAGGAAGAGGAUGAGGUUGGAAAUGUGGGACCAAGCACAGGGCUGCCCCGUGUUGAGAGGCCACCACAGUGCUGCUCUCUCACAUGCCUAGGAUCUGUUUUCAUUUCUUCUUUGAUAGACCCGUUCCACAUGGAACUGGUGGGGCCCCCUUUUAAGUUGUACAAUGUGCAGCAUUUCCUAUUUUUAAAGAAAAAUCAUUUUUAUGUGAAAAUAUAAUGAAAAGACAUAAUGGAAAAAUGA